AUGCUCUACAACCUCUUCCUGCACCCCCUCCGACACUACCCGGGCCCUCUCCUUAUGCGCGCUACGCGGUGGGCGUACAACGUGCGCCUCAUCUCCGGCACGCUUCCUUUCGACAUGCUGGCGCUGCACCAGCGCUACGGCCCCGUCGUGCGCGUCGCGCCCAACCAGUUGGCCUUUGCCAACCCGCACGCCUGGAAGGAUAUCAUGGGCCACCGCAGCGGCGGCGAAGGGCGAGACGAGAUGGAGAAGUCGAGCAAGUUCUACCGGCCAGUCGAGGGCGUGCCGCGGGACAUCGUCAAUGCGGAUCGGCAGGAGCAUGGGCAGCUGAGGCGGGCCCUGGCGCACGGGUUCAGCGAGAGGAGCAUGAGGGAGCAGCAACCACUCAUCAAGGGCUAUAUAGACUUGCUGAUUCGGCGGUUGACGGAGAUCAGCGAGCGUGGUGAGUCGGCGGACAUGACAGCAUGGUAUAACUUUACCACCUUUGACGUCAUUGGGGAUCUGGCGUUUGGGGAGAGUUUUGGGUGUCUGCAAGACUCGGCUUACCACCCUUGGGUCAAGAACAUCUUCGAGCUUGCGCGAGCUGGGACCCUGGUUUCGAGCUUAGCGCACUAUCCGAUCCUGCUCAAGCUGUUGUUGGCCCUUGUGCCUACAAAGUUUGCUGAGGAGCAGAAAAAAAUGACAGAGAGCAGCUCAGCGAAGCUUCGGAGGCGGAUGAAAGCGUGGAAGGAAAGGCCCGACCUAAUCGAAGGACUGCUCAAGCGGGCUGACGAAUGGGGGCUCACGCUCGGGGAGCUCUGUGCGAAUGGCUCCAUCCUCAUUAUUGGCGGAUCCGAGACCACAGCGACAUUACUCGCGGGAGUGACAUACUUGCUCUUGACCAACCCAGAGCCCAUGCGCAAGCUGGUUGCCGAAAUUCGUGGAGCAUUCAAGUCCGAGAACGAGAUCGACUUCACAAGCGUCAACAGACUGCCAUACCUCCUGGCCUGCCUGGAGGAGGCCCUGCGCAUGUACCCGCCCGUCCCCAUGGGCCUUCCCCGGGUUGUUCCAAAAGGGGGCGCCAGCAUUGCGGGCGACUAUGUGCCCGAGAAGACCAUUGUGGCUGUCUACCAGUGGGCCAUGUACCACAACGACCAGCAUUUCAAGGACCCUUUCUCUUACCACCCCGAGCGAUGGCUGGGGGACCCGGCAUUUGCAGACGAUAACAAGGAGGCUUUCCAGCCGUUCCAUGUCGGCCCCCGAAACUGUCUUGGCAGAAAUCUUGCCUACAUUGAGAUGCGCCUCAUUCUGGCCCGCGUCUUGUGGAAUUUUGAUUUGCGGAUCGCCCAGGACAGCAUGGACUGGAUGAGCAAGCAGCGAGUUUACAACUUCUGGCACAAGGGAAAGUUGAAUGUCUAUCUGACGCCUGUUGUAAGGUAG